UCCGCAUCUGACAGCAGUUGCAGCCCGAGCUUACGGCAGAGACACCAAGAGAGAGAGAGAGACACACACACACCCACACACAGAAAGGAGUACGACAGAGCAGCAGCUCCAUGCAGAGUUGCCUGGGUCUCCUCCUAACCUCGCAGGUCACCCAUGAGGAGCAUCGCACGAUGCUUCACCGCAAGUCCUACACGGUGGCCGAGAUGUCCCGGGCAAAGAGGAACUGCAGCCCCCAGGGACAACAGGACAGGUUCAGCGUGGUGGAGCUGAGCCCCGCUGCUAACCCUUCCGCCAGCGCUGCGGGCAAGCAGAGCGAGAACUCCGCCUGCAGACUGAGAGCUGCCCUGGGGGAGCUGGACAGGCUGGAGCAGGAACCUGGGCUUCACCUUCUCCCCAGCGUCCCUCAGCUCACCAUCACCUCGGACGAGGGCACGACCCAGGACAGCCUGGAGCUGGAGCUAGACCUGGACCCCAACAUCAAAGUGUGCCGCAAGCUCUCCAGCUCGUCCCUCUCGUCCACGGGAUCCUCUCUCUUCGAGGAGUCCGAGGAUGACCUGCUCGCAGACAGUGACAGUCACAUCAAAGGCGGUGUGGAACAAGACGACAUCAUUCUGCAUAAACCCUGGCGGAAAGCUAAAACAAUAGUGCACUGCUCACCCUUCAUGGUCUCCUUCAAGAAACAAUAUUCAUGGAUUCAACUGGCUGGUCAUUCAGGUAGUUUCAAGGCAGGAGAUGGUGGGAGGAUCCUGAAGAAGUACAGUGAGAACGAGAAGAUGUGCUUUGAGCAAUUAAAAAUGGAUUCACUAGCUCCCUUCGUACCCAAUUACCAUGGCGUUACUAAUGAAGAAGGAGAGUUGUAUAUUCAGCUGGACGACUUGCUGGCUGAGUUUGAUAAUCCAUGUGUCAUGGACUGUAAAAUGGGAAUAAGAACCUAUCUGGAAGAAGAGCUGAUGAAAGCUCGAGAGAACCCAAAAUUACGGAAAGACAUGUACAAAAAAAUGGUGGAAGUUGACCCUCAAGCCCCAACACCACAGGAGCACACACUCCAAGCUGUUCUCAAACCACGUUACAUGCAGUGGAGGGAAACCCUCAGUUCUACAGCAACACUCGGGUUUCGUAUUGAAGGGGUUAAGAAAGCAGAUGGAACAGGCAGCACUAACUUCAAAAGGACCAAAACGAAGCAACAGAUUCUCCAGGUCUUUGUCGACUUUGUCAAUGGAAACAAGAAUAUUUUGGAAGCCUAUGUGACGAGACUGAAGAAGAUCCGGAAAACUCUAGAAUCAUCGGAGUUCUUCAAAAAGCACGAGGUUAUUGGGAGUUCAUUGCUCUUCAUACACGACAAGAGCGAAGUGGCAAAGGUGUGGCUGAUCGACUUCGGUAAGACCACAAGGCUACCGAGCGGAAAGACUCUUAACCACCGUCAUCCGUGGCAGGAAGGCAACAGGGAAGACGGCUACCUCUGGGGGCUUGACAACAUGAUUGACAUUACAACCGACAUCUUGGGACUUCAAGAAUGACCUUCGGGCAACUUCCACCUUUGCCAUGGGGUUUCCAUUGGGCACCAGGAAGGUUAUCCGGCCCUUUGCUUCUCAACCUGGAUGAGGCACUGCUGUUCAAAGUAGUGGGAGAAUAGGCAAAGAGAGAAAACAAAGCUGCGAGACAAAAUUGAGGUUUCUCCAUCGACAAUAGGCUUUUCCUUGGGUGACUCUGAAUUUUAAUUGGACCCACACAGUGAAUGGUGUACACAAAGGAAUAUGAAUGGUGAGGGUGACACUCACAUCAAGAGGGAUAUAUCGUUGCUAUCACUGCGGGGCAGUUUUGCAUGAUUAUUCUAGGAUUAAUUUUGAAAUACAUUUUAAAAACAAUGACAAUUAGAUUUUACAAAUGGAUGAUGUUAAUGCAAAAGAAGAAGGUUCAUGGUUCUCUCCUGACAGAUAAUAUGCUUCCCUCGCCAGGCUGCAACUCUCAGGUUUAAAGCAGAAGUGGCCAAAAGGUGGCAGUAAGUUCCCAGCCUUCCUCCCCUAUUCCCCCUGCCAGCCCCCAUUGCCCCCCCAACUCCCCCACACCCUCUUGCCUUAGGCUAUGAAUGGUGGCUACUGCAGGAGAAAGUAAGGAAACGAGUUAAUAUUAUUUAAAGCAUCUUGGAUCUCUCCUAAAGAAACCUUUAGCCUUUUAUGGUGCUUUUCAAAACUUCAGGAUGUCUCAAAGCUCCUCAUAGCCAGUUGACUAUUUUUGAAAUGUAGUCACUGUUGUAAAGUCGGAAAACACAGGAACUGAUUUGUGUUUUCCACAACGUUACACUCAGUCCCCUCAUCUAAGUCAUUAUCAUAGAUUUCAAGCUCCCAGAAACAGCAAAGAGGUAAUAAUGCCCUGAUUAUCUGUUUUAGUGAUGUUGGUUGAGGGAUAAACUUUGGCCAGAAGAGAGGGGGAACUCCCCUGCAAUAGUUCAAAAUAGUGCCACGAGAUAUUUUACAUCUACCUAAGAGGACAAACUGGGCCUCUGUUUCACCUGGUCUUAUCCAAAAGGGAACCUUCAACGGUGCAACUCCCUCAGUACUGCUCUGGAGAGUCAGCUGAGAUUUCAUGCUCAAGUCUCUAGAGUGGGAUUUAAAUCCACACUUUUUGACUCAAAGGAAUGAGUGCUACCAUUGAUAAGGUGCCAUGUACAAGAGGUUAUUAUACAAAAUGAGGACUCAUAUGAUUGGGGCUAAUAUAUUCUCAUGAAUUGAAGAUUGACUAAUGGACAGGAAGCAGAGAGCAGGAAUAAGCAGGACAUUUUCAGGUUGGUAAGCUAUAAUGUGGAUGCUGCAAGGAUCAUUACUUAGGCCUCCGCUGUUUGUAAUCUAUAUGAAUGACUCAGGUGAGGUGAUUGUGUGCAAUGUAUCCAAGGUUGCUGACAAUACAAAGUUAGGUGGGAAUGUAAGUGGUGAGGAUGUCCCAAAGAGGCUGCAGAGGUAUAUACAGUCAACAGGUUGGGUGGGUGGACAAGAGUAAGGCAGAUGAAAUACAAUGUUGGAAAGUAUUAGGUUAUCCACUCUGAAAGGAAAAAUAAAAAAGCAAAAUAUCUUUUAAAUCGUGAGAGGCUGGGAAAUGUUUGUAUUCAGAGACUUUGCACAUCCUUGUACAUGAAUCACAGAAAAUUAACAUGCGGGUACAGGAAUCAAUUAGGAAGGCAAAUGGUAUGGCAGUUUUUAUUACAAAGGGACUGGAGUAUAAGAGUAAAGAAGGCUUAUUACAAUUAUACAGGGCACUGGUGAGGCUACAGCUGAAGUACUGUGUACAGUUUUGCUCUCCUAACCAAAGGUACGAUGUACUUGUCCAAAAGUGAGUGCAACAAACGUUUAUUAGACUAAAAGCUAGGAUGAGGGGAUUGUCCAUUGAGGAGAGAUUGAGUAGGCUAGGCCAAAAUUCCUCUGAAUUUAGAAGAAUGAGUGAACCAUAAAAUUCUUAAGGGGCUUGACAGGGUAGUUUCCCUUGGCUGAGUAAUCUAUAACAGGGGAUCACAGUCUCAGGCAAAGGGGUUGACCAUUUAGGAUUGAAUUAAAGAGAAUUUUUUUCACUCAAAGGGCUGUGACUCUUUACCCCCAAGAACAGUGGAUGCUCACCUAUUGGAAUAUAUUCAAGAAAGAGGUAUAUAUCUUUAGGUACUAUGGGAAUUAAGAGAUAUUGAGAUGCUGCAGGAAGAUGGAGUUAAGGUGAAAGAUCAGCCAUGAUCUUAUUAAAUGGUAGAGCAGGCUCGAAGGGCCAAGUGGCCUACUCCAGCUCCCUUCUGUUAUAUUCUUAUGCGCCAUGGCUAACACAGCAUGAAGGUCCCCUCUGCAUUGCUCAUGGUGCAGCCUUACAACUAAGCUUAAGCCCUGUUUGUUUCAUUGAGCUGCAGAUUGGAGUCUGUUGAUUAAGCAGACCUGUAUUAUGGUGUGGAAACUAAUGCAGAGAAAUACAA